GCAGUCGGGGCUGGGCGGAAGUGGCUCUCUGGGCGUGCGCUUUAUAGGCCUCUCUUGUGCUUCCUGUUUCCUCUUUUCCUAGGACCCGCCAACAUGGGCCGCGUGCGCACGAAGACCGUGAAGAAAGCGGCCCGGGUCAUCAUCGAGAAGUACUACACGCGCCUGGGCAAUGACUUCCACACCAACAAGCGCGUGUGCGAGGAGAUCGCCAUCAUUCCCAGCAAGAAGCUCCGCAACAAGAUAGCAGGCUAUGUCACGCAUCUGAUGAAACGGAUUCAGAGAGGUCCUGUGAGAGGAAUCUCCAUCAAGCUACAGGAAGAAGAGAGAGAGAGGAGAGAUAACUAUGUUCCUGAGGUCUCAGCCUUGGAUCAGGAGAUCAUUGAGGUGGAUCCUGACACUAAGGAAAUGCUGAAGCUUUUGGACUUUGGCAGUCUCUCCAACCUGCAGGUCACUCAGCCUACAGUGGGGAUGAAUUUCAAAACACCACGCGGAGCUGUUUGAAUGUUUUCUGCUAUUCUGUAAUGUUUUCAAUAAAUCUGGGAAUGACU